AUGUCCAAGCUGGGAGCUAUCUUGGUGAUGGGUCUGUGCCUGCUGGUGGCCUUGGCCCUGGCCGAGCCACGCCUGCCGCGGGGUCAGCAGGGGCGGGGCCAGCAGGUUCAGGUGCAGGGUCAGAGGUCGCAGCACCCCUACCUCUUCCUCACCAUUCCCAAGGGACGCGCCAAUGCCGGCGCCGUGGUCCAGGGCUUCGAGAUCGUCGAGGAGGAGGACGACCAGGACCAGGACCAGGACCUGGAUCUGCAGGACGACGACCACGAGCAGGAGCACGACGACAUCGGCGAGGACGAUGACGAGGAGCUGGAGCACCAGCUGGGCCUGAACUUUGCCCGCAGCGGCUUGGUCUACCGUAAGAACCAGGCCAUCGACGACGAGCAGGACGAUGACCAGGUUCAGGUGCCCGUGCGGGUUCAGGGCCAGGAGCAGCUGGCCAAGAAGCAGAUGAUGGUGCAGCGGGACCAGGCUGGCGCCAUCAUGGUGCCCGACGGCAUCAUCGAGAUCGAGGGCCAGAGCGUGCUGGACGAGAAGACCGGCAAGGCGGCGCUCCUGGUGCCCCGCGCCGCCCUGGACGCCAUUCCCGACGGCGCCGUCGUGGCCCUGAUGGAGCGGUCCGCCUCCGCCUCCGCCGACGACGAGGUCGAGGAGGAGCGCGCCAACCGCGUCGUGGUCCGCCGCCGCAAGAACAACGGCCGCCGCAACAUCCGCCGGCGGGGCAUCAACAACAACAACGUGCGCCGCCGCCGCCGUCCCGCCCAGCGCCGCCGUCGGGCGGGCGGCAACCGCCGGCGCAACGUGCGCGUCAUCCGCCCCCAGGGCGGCAACCGCAGGCGUGGCAACCAGAGGCGCCGCGGCCAGGUCGUCCUCCAGGGCUGA